AAUUAUGUGGUGAGGUGUGUUGAAUAUGAGCCACUCAAAACACUUUGAAAUUCUUCAACCUGUCUUCUUCCACUCUAUACUGUCUCCGGCCAUUCCCACCUCCGGCUUACACUCUCUCUUCUCAACUUCACUCUACUGAAAAACAAUAAAGGUUUGUGAAACUGUGAUUAUGGCUUCUAUAAUUGCAAAUCUUUCUCUUCCCAUUUUGAUGAAUGGGGUAAAACCCUCUUUGAAACCCACUUCAAACUUUCCAGUUUGUGCAUUUCCAGAAAGACGAGGCCGUGUGGCGGUUGUUGUGAAAGCAACAAGUGACAGUUCUGAUUCUUCAACGUCUUUGAAUGUUGUCAAAUCAGUUCAGAAUCUUUGGGAUAGCCCUGAAGAUCGAAUUGCUGUUAUUGGUUUGGGGUUGACAGCUGUUAUUGCAUUUUGGACCUCACUUAAUGUCAUUGCGGCAGUCGACAAGCUUCCUUUGAUUCCAGGUUUCUUGGAAUUUGUUGGGAUAUUGUUCUCUUCGUGGUUUAUUUACCGGUAUCUCUUGUUCAAGCCUGACAGAGAGGAGCUGUUUAGGAACAUCAACAAGUCGGUAUCAAACAUCUUGGGCCAGUGAAGGACACCACACCAUCAUCUGUUGAUUAGGUAUUGAUGUGUUUAUCUCGGUUUUUGCUGUAUGAUGCAUUAGCUCUGGCCUCUGGGACUCGAACGACCAAAAACCCUUUAUUGUAUAGCAUAUUACUUAGUGACAUGAUACAUGGUAUAGCAUAGUAGUACUUGCCUAAGUUUCUGCUUUGUAGGAGCUAUGGUCCAGUUUGGAGUUCUAGAUUAACGAAACAAUCACAAUGUAUUACUCGUACAAAAUCUUUUGGGUACACCCGAUAAACAGUGGAGUAUUUUUAUUGUAUUAUGCAAU